AUGGUCUGGGACAGCACCAAGUUGGGCACGCUGAAGAUCAACCAUGGUCUGGAACAGCACCAAGUUGGGCACGCUGAAGAUCAACCAUGUACUGGUAACACUAGUGGUACUGUUGACACUAUUGGUACUGGUAACACUAUUGGUACUGGUAACACUAUUGGUACUGGUGACACUAUUGGUACUGGUAACACUAGUGGUACUGGUGACACUAGUGGUACUGGUAACACUAGUGGUACUGGCAACACUAGUGGUACUAGCAACACUAGUGGUACUGGCAACACUAGUGGUACUGGCAACACUAUUGGUACUGGUGACACUAUUGGUACUGGCAACACUAGUGGUACUGGUAACACUAGUGGUACUGGCAACACUAGUGGUACUGGUAACACUAUUGGUACUGGUAACACUAGUGGUACUGGUAACACUAUUGGUACUGGUAACACUAUUGGUACUGGUAACACUAGUGGUACUGGUAACACUAUUGGUACUGGUGACACUAUUGGUACUGGUAACACUAUUGGUACUGGUGACACUAUUGGUACUGGCAACACUAGUGGUACUGGCAACACUAUUGGUACUGGUGACACUAUUGGUACUGGCAACACUAGUGGUACUGGUAACACUAAUGGUACUGGUAACACUAUUGGUACUGGUAACACUACUGGUACUGGUAACACUAGUGGUACUGGUAACACUAGUGGUACUGGUAACACUAGUGGUACUGGUAACACUAGUGGUACUGGUAACACUAUUGGUACUGGUGACACUAUUGGUACUGGUAACACUAGUGGUACUGGUAACACUAUUGGUACUGGUGACACUAUUGGUACUGGUAACACUAGUGGUACUGGCAACACUAGUAGUACUGGUGACACUAGGGGUACUGGUAACACUAUUGGUACUGGUAACACUAGUGGUACUGGCAACACUAGUGGUACUGAUAACACUAGUGGUACUGGUAACACUAUUGGUACUGGCAACACUAUUGGUACUGGUAACACUAGUAGUACUGGUAACACUAGUGGUACUGGUGACACUAGUAGUACUGGUGACACUAUUGGUACUGGUAACACUAGUAGUACUGGUGACACUAUUGGUACUGGCAACACUAGUGGUACUGGCAACACUAGUGGUACUGGUAACACUAUUGGUACUGGUAACACUAGUGGUACUGGCAACACUAGUGGUACUGGUAACACUAUUGGUACUGGUAACACUAGUAGUACUGGUGACACUAUUGGUACUGGUGACACUAGUAGUACUGGCAACACUAGUUGUACCAGUAACAGUAAAUACUUUACAACAUAA